UCCGUAUAUUCGGAGGAAGUACAUUUGGCCAGUCUACCAAGUUGUUCUAGUGGCUUGAAAGCCUUCCUGAAGUCUCGAAAAUAAGGAUCCUCUUGUUAUACCUUUUUACAACAUUUAAUCACCUGUGUGCUUCUGACCACAUCAUGCAUGAUCCUCCACCACCAGUACUUCCUCCUAAGCCGGGCAGCCACGACACAAGUCGUAUUGGCACGCCGAAUAUGCUCAACUCGCCUCAGCAUGGCACCGGACCGGACGCGGAGGGUGCAGGUGGGAGCCGUUUGAGCCAGGUCUCUCAGCCAGCCGGGCUCGAAAUCGCCCGGCCUGAGCCCGUGCCCGACCCCGGUGAACAGUGGCUUCCCAAGGUGUUGCAAGACAAGGCAAAACAUGAUCUCGCUGAUAUAGCGACCAACGUGGACCUCCUUAACGCCCUGACACAUGCACCAAGCACAAUCCAUCCGUCUCUCUCGUCAUCUCACCAGGCCCUUCAAGCGGCCCUGAACGAGAAUCUCGAGCUUGCGUCACGGCUAGUCGAGCUCGAGGCUCGUCUGGCCCACCAGCGGUCCACGACGCAAGCGCAGCUUCUUUCAACGCAUGCGCUCGAGCGCCAAUGGCGGCAGAAGCAAUCCGACAUGGACCACGCUUUGGCACCCUUCUCACCAGCUGCUAUGUAUCAACGCCUGGGGCAAGGUGUUCAUGAGCAGGCCUCGGUGUGCCAUGUCCUAGAGGAGAGCUUUAUCGACGGGGAGGGAGACGGCGCGUAUGCGUCAGAGAGAGAGACGUUAGACUGGAUCAAGAGAUAUCGAGACGCCAAGGUGCUUUACUAUCUUCGGCAGGAGAGGAAGGAGCGGUGGGACGAAGGUCGCGUUGGUGGCUGGAGAUAAAAUGGAAACGAGUCCGGCAACGGGUUUGGGGGUUUCAAGUGAAGGCGAAAUGGGGAAGGUGGCCCCCCAAUAUUGAAAGCGACUCACUUGGCUGUACCGAGGAAUGGGAACUAGCGAAGAUAACCACCGCGAUGGGAUAUCGAUGACUUUUCUGCUUCUUUCUAAUGUUGCUCCUCGGUGGUAGUAUUGUUGGCGAGGACGCAACGUGAAGGCCUACAUCCCACUAGCAGAUAUCUGGAAGAAACGUUCUAUAGAAUGGAAGAGUGG